GUGGAACACAAUUUAGCGUGGAUAUUACACUUACGGUCCCAACAUUUCCUGAUGCCUAUGACAUAUAUGCUGUAAUUGGGAAUCCACCCGAUGAAACUUUAGGUUGUGCAUAUACCAAUCUUUGGCCCGAUCCCCCCAAAUAG